GGCGGCGUUCAAUCGGAGGUUUCACUUCGGCACAGUUUUAACGUGAAAUAGUCUCAUUUACACGGGCAAAUUUGCUUAAAGCUUGCUGUAAUCAGUAACAGAUAUAUUUGUGAGAACAUAUUUGUCUAUUUUUUCCUGCAAGUCGAGGUAAUUUUAUUACAAUCACAAUUUUAAUGAUACAUAACUGGCAUAUUUAAAAAUCUGUGCAUUUCUUUAGGGAAGGGAACUGCAGCUCUCUGGUCGCCCCGCAACGUAUACCACGACCAAGAGAGCUGCAUAAACUGCAGCAAUGCCGAUCGCUGUUAUAGAGGUUAUCAUAUGCAACACGACGACGAUCCUAUAAUGUGAUAUCAACGGGCAAAGGUUACACUAACAAAUACACGCAUGUCACUGAACUUUCAGUCAAACGAAUAACAGAAAAUGGCAGCCAACACAGGAAAACUAGCUGGCAGGACGAUCUUUAUCACCGGUGCAAGUCGUGGAAUUGGUAAAGCCAUAGCUUUGAAAGCUGCUAGAGAUGGAGCUAAUAUUGUGAUAGCUGCAAAGACUGAUAAACCACAUCCUAAGUUACCCGGGACUAUCUACACUGCUGCAAAGGAAAUUGAAGAUGCUGGAGGAAGAUGUCUGCCAUGUGUCGUUGAUGUUCGCAAUGAAUCCCAGAUCCAAGCCGCUGUGGAUGCAGCAGGAAAGUUUGGUGGGAUUGAUAUUUUAAUUAACAAUGCGAGUGCGAUAAGUCUAACUAACACAGAGUAUACAACUAUGAAAACUUAUGAUUUGAUGAUGAAUAUCAAUACUCGUGGAACUUCCUAACGUAAUUCCAAGCUGUGUUUACCUCAUUUAUUGAAGGGUAGAAAUCCUCAUAUACUAAAUAUUAGUCCUCCUAUUAACAUGAAUCCAGAUUGGUUUAAGAAUCAUGUUGCCUACACAAUGGCUAAAUAUGGGAUGUCAAUGUGUGUGCUGGGAAUGACUGAAGAAUUCAGAUCUGAUGGUAUAGCGGUCAAUGCACUCUGGCCAAGAACUGCAAUAAGAACAGCUGCACUUAACAUGAUUGGUGGAGAAGAAAUGAACAAAAUGAGUCGUAAAGUAGAAAUUAUGGCGGAUGCCGCAUAUGUGAUGCUUACAAAAUACAGUAGAGAAUUUACUGGAAACUUCUGUAUUGAUGAUGAUGUAUUAGCUGAUGUUGGUGUCACUGAUUUUGAGCAGUAUGCUGUUUGUCCAGGUUCAACUCUCACACCAGACUUUUUCUUGGACUUGGCUGAAGGAACUGCGAGGAAAAUGUCAUCUAAGCUUUGAGAAUUUAACUUUAAUUUUUGCAGAAAUAUAUAUUAUUGUUGUACCUAGAACAUGUUUGUUUGUUUGCUUUU